AUGAGGUGUGGUACCAGAGUUUGCGGACGUGAUUGGUAUGUCUGUCUAUUGGUCGCUGAAUGUGUAGUUAUUCAGCGAGCUACAAUGAGCCCUGAAAAGGGGAAUACUCGAUGUCAAGCUGAAUCUCGUAGAACGGAGACUCGGAGUACUGCUGCACCAAAUCUGAAAAGUAGUCAAAGUGGAUGUAGAACAUACGCUUCAAUUUCGCCCUAUAAAACCAGACAACAAAGCAAUGGAAUAACAACAGAGAAGACUCGUUACACACCUGAUUUUGCACCGGUACGUUCGCGGCGGGGCUCAGCAGCUGUUGUCAUACCUCCUCUUCCACCAGUAUCAUCUACUGCCGCAGGAAAGAAGAAAGAACGUCGCAGUAGAGAUGAUAAUAGUGAUGAUGAUACUGCGAGUAGUAGCUCAGGACCUGUUAAUGCCAAACGAACUCGUUUAUGUUACAACAAAAAUGAUAUUAAAAAUGUGGAAAUAGUUGUUGAUGAUAUUGUACCGAAGAUUGAAGAAAUUAUGCAACAGAAUAAUAUGAUUAAGAACACUGCAAAUGAUGCGCUAACAGAACAACUUCAAAAGAAAUCAGAUUCCGAUUUGGAACAACAUUUCAAAAAGGCUAUUCGACUUUAUCGAUAUAUGUCAUUGCCGGAUACGCAAGUCGGUAGCACUAGACCAGUAUAUAGGCCUUUCUUAAAGAGGAAUUUGAUAUAUAUGAGGCGAUGUGCUCAGUCGUCGGUAUUAGGAGAUGAUUGCAUGCCUCUCCUUUGUUCUCCAACUGUUGGGAAAACUGGAAUGAAGGCGAAGUUACACAAACAUGAACAUCUCAUGGAUAUACUCCAUGCAAUCAGGAGAAGAAAUGAAAUACUGAAAAAGAAUCCAAAAACAAAAUCAGAUUCAGCAGCUGUCUCAUAUUUGGUGCGUAUCCUUAAGCAGGACGAAGAUAGCAAAAGGGGGAAUGGUAAGGAUGCUUUGUCAAAGGAAACGAGAAGACAUGUUAACUGCUCACAUGCUACCUCAAUGAUCAAAUUUAUUGAUGUUCGGAAUAAAGAAUUGCCAGGUAAUCGACAUGCUGUUAUUACUGUGUAUCUUUCAAGCGAAGUCGAUGGCGUGUUUAGCGAAAUUAUGCGACUUCCUUCUGCGACAGUACAAAUGCAGAUAAAUACUCGUGGUGAACCUGUUGCAAUCGAUUUGCCAUUAUCUAUUGGCUGUCCACUGCACUGCAGUGGAAGACAAAGGAAUGAUUAUGUAAUUAUCCGUGUUACAUUUUCGGGAGAAGAAUUCGCCCAUAUUUUGGGAGGUAAAUCAUUGAGAAGCGUUCCAUCAAGGCAAACAGACAAAGAUUCAAAACAUGUCGCUCAUGUCACCCGGCGCAUAAGCUGCCUUUCUUCGCCAGAUAAGUUAAGAAAUAGUGAAGGUUCAAUAACUAUGUAUGGUGCACGUUGCAUAUCUUCUCUUGCAAAAGGCGAAACAUCUAAUGGUUUAAUAUAUGGCCAUGGUAGCAUUACUCUGAUCCCGGAUUCUUUUCUUAGUUUAAACGACAGGUGGCGUUCGGAAAGAAAUUUGACGAAGAAGCUUAUCGAUUUAGGGAAGAAAAUGCAUAUGAGUCCAUUCGUACGCAUGUCAAUUGUGCCGGAUAAUAGUGGGGAAUCGAGCUCAUCAGAAGAUGAUGACGAAACAAAGAGUUGCUCAAGUUUUGCCACAUCUGCUUCAACAAGCUGUGUUGAUCAUUCUCGUCAGACCAGUGAGAUGUCUGCAAAGGAAUCCACGCAUAGCCUCGCAUCACUUCAAAGAGAUGACAGUGGUUUUGAAGAGUACAUGAAAUCACGGUUCAGGCGAGAAAUGUCGCUAGAAUUUCCUAAGCAAAUAUGUUAUCGCUUUAUUACGAGGUACAAUGAUGAACCGGAUACUAGUUUUCCGGAGAGCAAGCAUCUACUUUGUUUCGAAAGUUCAUCAGAUUUGGUAAAAAGUGAACUGUUGAAUUCAAGUACUAGCGUUGAAACUGCUGCAAAUGGUGUUAGAAGACAUUGUUCUCCGCUGAAAGAAGUUUCUCCAGGAAAAGUUUUGAACGGACGAUUAUUUUCCAAACCCCUAACUUCACCUAAAUCCUUGCCGAAAUCAAUUCCAUCCUCACCUAAUAAAUACCGUUUGGAUGUUCCGCGUCGAGACAAACCCUUGGCUGCUAUGGUUGAUAGUUUAGCAUCUAAAUUUGAAAAGUGUUCUAAAAUUGUGCCGCCGAAAUCUGUUGCUCCAGACGAUAAAGUUACAGUUCCCGAACUACAUUACGAAGGGUAUCCCGAACCAGACGGUAAUGGAGUCGUCACACGCUUUGUGUCUCCAGCCAACAAGUGUUUCUUCUGUCUUGGAACAUUUCCAGAUAUGUUUGCUUUGCUGCUUCACAUGAGAACAAGUUAUCCACGUCUUGAUAUAGUGUACAGGGGUGAUGCGCGACAGACAGCUGUCAUAAAUAACAGUGCACCAGUUUUCAUUGAUGUGUUUGUGCGCAAGCAUUUUGAUGGCUCAUAUGAAGGUCCACUGGUUCGGCAGUAUGCGACUUCUCGAAAUAGAGUUAUACCACAGCAUUGUAUUCCCAGUGAUCGACUCACUUAUAUUGUUCACAAAGCUGAAGCACGAGCUAUUCGUAAAAUGCCAAAAGAUCUUAGCAUUUUUUUCAUGCAAGCUGACCGAGAAAGACGUGCUACAAAGGGGAAUAAUGCAGCAUAUUUCGGUUUCCGCAGCAGACAUCCUUUAAUGAAAUGUACGCAGAUAUCAACAAAGCAGACGGAUCAGGAAUGGUUGCGAGAAUUUAUUAUUAGACAAAUUGAAGAUUUUCUUGAUUUGUCACGUGUUGAGAAGGACUUUAUGUCAUUGUGGAGUAUUUUUCUUCUCAAUCUUAAUCAUAAGCCACUUGGUCUAUGUCACACAUAUCGCACUUGCCGACUUUUUCUUCAAAAGCAUCGGCAAGAUAUCUUGCAAAAUAAUUUUCAAAAUGCGUGGGUAUUCCAUCUUACUGCUUUGCAUGAAAAAGAGGCGCUGGAUACAGACGAAGUUUAUGACUUGACAAUGCGUCUAAAAGAUAAUUACGACCCAAGCUCAGAUGUUCGUCAUGUAGUCUACGCUACACGUGCACGAUUAGAAGCGGCAGCCUCUAAUGCAAAACGAGAACCUCCAUCUUGGCAGAAAGAACCAGUACAUGGGCCCAAAAUUUCAAUAUUAAGGAGUUCAUCUGUUGCGCGUCUGUCAUCCCUAGAACCGAAUUCCGAUAACGAAGAUAUGUUUAAAAAAUUCAUGAACGAUUCUGCUCGUAAAGAAAGGCGAAGUAGUAGUUGUUCAGUAGAUGAGCCCAACAGGCAUUCAGCAAGUCGCCGUCAACGUGAACCUGAUUGUUCAAAGUAUCUGACAACACCUCGUGCUACGCAACCACCAAAGUGGUUAUCAUUUGCCGAAUAA